UUUGAGGAAUUAUCUGGUAAGGUGACAGAAGGAAUUGAAGUUGAUAAGGUAGGAGAGGGUGAGGGCAUACAAGUAGGUGAGGCUUCUGAAUCUGGCAGUGAAUUUUUCAUGGGUUCAGAUACUGAUGAGGAGGAUGCUUUUUUAUUUGAUGAUAAUGUGAAUGAUGUAUCCGAGGAGAUUAUCGGUGAUUUGGAAGGAGCGGAGAAAAGCAUAUGGAUGAAAGGAGAGAUAGUGCAUUUGAGGGGGAUGCCGAGCAUGAGACAGAAGAUGAUAUGUUGGAGACUGAUAAUGAACUUGCAGAAUUGGUAGAAUCAGACGACGGUGGCUUAAAGGAUAAACCUUUUCCCACAUUCCAAGAAGUUGAUCUGUUUUCACCAAAGUUUGAAAUUGGUAUGGCCUUUUAAAGCAUGAAUGAGUUGAAAGAUGUGAACUCCUACGCUGUUGUCAAUUGGAGGCAAAUAAAGUUCACAAAAGUUGACCCGAAAAGAGUGUAUGCUAUUUGUGGUGACAUCAGUUGUAGCUGGAAAAUUCAUGCACGUGUGAUGGAUGAUGGAAUUGGAUUUGAGAUCUCAGUGUACCAAGGAGAGCAUACUUGUGAGGAGAAGUUCAACCUGUCCAAUAUGAAAACGAAGUGGUUGAGCGAUAAGUAUGCAAAUAAGUUCAAAUCCGACCCGAAAAGAACAAUGAAAGGAUUCAGAGUGGAUGUUAUCAACGAAUUACGAGUAAAUGUGUCAAAGGAUAUCGCCUAUAGGGCCAAAUAAAGAGCUUUGAAAGAGUUGGAAGGGGAUGCCACACAUCAGUAUGCUAGAAUUUGGGAUUAUACCCACGCACUACUGCAAUCUAAUCCUGGGACAACUGCUGUGUUAGGGACCGAGGUGGAUGGGGAUAACUCCACAUUUGACAAAAUGUAUAUUUGCCUCGAUGCGCUGAAAAGGGGUUUCAAGGAAGGCUGUAGGCCUUUUAUUGACAUUGAUGGAUGUCAUCUUGGACUGUUUAUGGGAGAGUCUUGUUGUCUGUUGUUGGUUUGAAUCCAAACAAUUGAAUUUUUCCGAUAGCCUUUGCAUCAGCGGCAAUGAGACUCAGGAUAUAUGGACUUGGUUCCUAGCAUUAUUGAAGAGGGAUUUGGAAAUAACGUCUGAAUGGGAAGGUUGUUUUAUGUCCGAUAAACAUAAAGAACUUGUGCAAGCAUUGUUGGAUGUAUUCCCUGGGAAAGAACACCGAUGUUAUGUAUGGCACUUACAUAAUAACUUUUUGACCACUUGCUUCAAAGGGACAGCCUUGAAGAAUGCCUUAUGGAAGGCAGUAAGGGCCCCCAUUGUUGGUGAAUUUAAACAGAAGAUGGAUGAGGUAAAUGAGUUGGACGAAAAGGCGUGGGAAUGGCUUCGAGCAAAGUCUGCUGAGGAAUGGAGCAGGUCACACUUUAAGCUAUUUUCUAAGUGUGACCUGCUUGUUAAUAACUUGUGUGAGAGUUUUAAUAGUGUCAUAUCCGAGGCCCGAGACAAGCAUAUUUUAUCUAUUUUUGAAGAGAUUCAAGUGUACCUUAUGAAGCGAUUGCAAGCUAAUAGAGAUCACGCUGGCAGAAAAUGUGGGGACUUGGUGAUUUGCCCGAAGGCAAUGAAGGUUGUUCGAAGGAAUAGAGCAAAUGUGGCAAAUUGUAUUCCGAUCAAGUCAGAUGACAAGCAUUAUCAGAUAUCUUGCGCUGAUGGAAGACAACACAGUGUGGACUUGGCCGACAGGACGUGUUCGUGUAGGAGGUCGCAAUUGAGUGGGAUCCCAUGUAAUCAUGCUAUCUCGGCAAUUAGAAAUCAAGGGGGAUACCAUAGACUAUGUGAGCAGUGUGUAUCAUGUGGAAACAUAUAAGCGAGUGUGUGCCUAUUCAAUCAAAGCCGUAAGUAGUGAGGUGUUUUGGGAACCCACAAAUUACCCUCCUCCGAAGCCACCCACUAUUAGGAGACGCAUUGGGAGGCCAAAGAAACAACAAAAAUGUGAUUCUGAUGAGCCUUGGAAAAAUCCUAAGAUAAAAGAGGGAACGUCGAGGUUGAAAAGAAGGCAAACCACCAUUAAAUGUGGUUGUUGUGGUGUUGCUAGCCAUAAUGCAACCCACUGCCCAUCCCUGAACCCACAACAUAAGGAUACAACUAUGGAAGAUGGAGAAACUAUGGACGAGGGAGCAACCAGUGCAGAACAUUUGCCCGCAACUGAAGAACAAUGCGGACAAACUUCGGUCCACGAAAGUGCUCCAGGUGUGACUGAGGAACAAAUCGACCCAGCAACACAAGAAUCCACUGCCAAUGUUGCGUGUAGAAGGGUUGAUCAAAUUACACAACCGAAACGAAAAAGACAACCAAUGCUACCUUUACAGCGUAGUACAAGAAAUGUUAGGGCACCUAAUACAUCGGGAAGUAAAGAACAAGUUUCCGUUGAACCAGAUCCCCCAACAACCCUGAUUGAACAACGUCCAGUUGAAAAUUGUCUCCCAACAACCGUGAUAGAAACACCUAUGCCUUCCCCAAAAUGCAAUGCAGAACCUCAUCGAGUAAAGCUCACUACACUACCACCACGACGAAGCCAUCCUGAUCGUUCAUCUUUGAAACUUGUUGCUUCAGUAGCUUAA